GAAAUUAUCUAAUACGAAGUGAUUAAAGUUAUGUCAAGCAAGAAAAGUACAGCAGCCAGUAAUGUUGUACAAUUAGAAUGUAAAAAUCUACACGAAUACCUCAAAUCUCAGACACAAAUUAUAUCGAAAUUAUACGAUUAUCCAGCAAUAUGUUUGGCUGUAUUUCGAGACUGUAUUCCAGCGAUUGCAAAGCAGUUUGUUAUGCGAAUGUUAUGCGUUGAACAACCAGUGCCACAGGCAGUUGUUCAAUCGUGGGGAUCUCAAGUUUAUGCAAAAGAAAAUUCUGCAGCAUGUGAAGCACUGACGGAAUUAAAGAUUUGGUCCGAAUCGUCUAUAAGCGGAGGAUUGACAGCAUGGGAUUUAAAUCCUUCUUUCAAGCGAAAUCUUAAAAUAGCCUGGUUGGGAGGAGGUCGCUCAUGGUCGAUGUUUAACUCAGUAGAACAGUCAGAUGCUAAAAGUCGAGACAUCAGUUUUCUUGAUACGUAUGCAAUGUCUCGGUGGAAUUGUCUUCUUCAUUAUAUGGUCGAUUCAAAUGCAUCGAAAGGAUCAGAAAUGGAAGGAAUUUCAGUUGAUGCGGUACGAAUAAUUUUGCAUGCAAAUUUGAUGGUACGAAAUGAACAAGAUGGAUCAUACAUGCUCACAAGUCAAGGAUUUCAAUUUCUGUUGAUGGAUACACAAUCACAAGUCUGGCACUUUAUGCUGCAAUACUUAAAUACAUGUGAACAACGAGGAUUAUCGCUAGUUGAAUGCCUUUCGAUGCUUUUCGAGUUAAGCUUCUCGACACUGGGACGUGAUUACAGCUCGGAGGGAUUGAGUGAAAAUAUGUUAACCUUUAUGCAACAUCUGCGUGAAUUUGGAUUAGUCUAUCAGCGCACUAGAAAGGAGAAGAGAUUUUUUCCGACUCGUUUGGCACUAAAUUUCACGACUAAAAAUGCCAUCGCACCAGAGAAUGUCAUUGAAAAUAAUAGCACAAAUAAUAGUAAGAUGCAGUUAAGUGAUGAAAGUAAUUACGAGGGUUACAUCAUUGUCGAAACAAAUUAUCGUAUUUAUGCUUAUUCCGAUUCAAAAUUACAAAUUUCGUUGCUCGCACUCUUCACUGAGCUUUUGUAUCGAUUUCCAAAUGUGACAGUUGGCGUAAUUACUCGUGACUCGAUACGACAAGCCCUGCGAGGUGGCAUAACAGCACGACAAAUUAUUAGCUAUCUAGAGCAACAUGCACAUCCAAAAAUGAUAUCGAAUGCUGCCGCCUCAGCAUUUAAAACAUCAUCCGUGCUACCGCCAACGGUUAUUGACCAGAUAAAGUUAUGGGAAAAUGAACGAAAUCGCUUUACAUUCACUGACGGUGUUGUUUACAAUCAAUUUCUAUCUGAAGCAGAUUAUUUGACAUUACGAGACUAUGCGCAAUCAAUUGAUGUACUUUUAUGGCAAAGCGAACGGUCGAGAACAAUGGUUGUUAAAAAGUCGGGACAUGAGGACGUCAAAAAGUUCUGGAAGCGAUAUUCGAAAGGAUAAAAUAAAAAAGUUUACAUUUUAAUGUUAUGUGAGUGAAUGUUUGUGAUUACUGUGAAUAAACAAACUGUUGGACGUCUGAA